AUUUUUUACCACUCUCUAUCUACAGACAAAUUUAAGUGGCCUAUUCAGCUCUCACACUUUGCUCUUUGAAGAUCUACUCUGUAAGAUGGGUUAUCCCGCCUAGGGUUCCCAGAGCUUCGAUUAUCAUAUUGGGAGUAUUUCCAGAAGUCCAAUCACAGUCUCACGGAUGUAGGAUGCCGCAGAGUUAAGAUUAAAAUUGCAAGGAGUCAUAACCAAACACCUCAGCGGCUUCUCCAUGGCCUUUCUAUUUAACAAAUUUCAAGAGGCCGUCAAGGUGCUUGCUAAAAGCCCCACAGUUUCAAGAGACCCGAGACAUUUUCAGUUCCAGUCGGAUAUAAACCGCCUUUUCCUAUAUACUUGCCAUCACCGUCUGGGGAAGGGUGCUGAUGAAAAAGAUGUAGAAGAGAUAAUUGAUAUGGCUAGCAACGCCCCACUAGUUGAUCAGCAAAAGCAGGUUCAAGAAAAUGUUCAUUCUCAAAUUAAAACCUUUUGUACCUGUAUGGAUGAAAUACUAUUGCCUGAUGUAAAGAGCCAUGUUGAGCCUCACUCACCCUCUGAAUGUAGUAGCCCUCCUCGUCGCGGCGGUCUUAGUCUUGCUGUUGGUGGAAGUUCUCCGUUGAAUAAUUGCUCUGUACAGCUGUUCCUCAAACCAAGGGUCUAAAGCGUGCAGAGGUUUCUCAGAGCUUAAGGGAGCUAAUUGGCUACACUCUUGAAGUAAAACCUUCUCAAAUUCUUCAUGAAAAUGCUGGCCAAGGUUUAUUUUUGAACGGGGAAGCUGAUCUUGGUACUGUUAUAGCAUUCUAUCCUGGUGUGGUCUACUCUCCUGCAUAUUACCGUUACAUUCCCGGAUAUCCAAGAGUUGAUGCUCAUAAUCCGUACUUGAUCAGCAGGUAUGAUGGGGCAGUGAUCAACGCAAAGCCCUGGGGUGCUGGUGGUGAAGCUCGUGAAAUGUGGGAUGGGUCACAGACAAUGUCUCCUCCUGUUAAAGAUGAAACUGGGUCUGACCGAAUCUGGGCAAUGCUUAGUAAACCAUUGCAUGCCUCAAGUGGCUCGGGACAUAAAGUAGGCGAAGUGUUGGAGAGGAGAAACCCUUGGGCUUUUGCACAUUUUGCUAAUCACCCAGCAAAGGACACGGCCCCAAAUGUCAUGAUCUGUUCCUAUGAUUUUCCCCUUAGUGCUGAAAAUGAGGAUUUGCGGCCUUACAUUCCGAAUGUCUCCUUUGGAAAUGAGGUGAAGAUGAAGAAAGUAGGCAGCUUCUGGUUUAAAUCUUGGAAAUCAAGUGGUAGUGGGGCAGAUCUAGCCGCCCCAGUCCUCAAAUCUCUUGUUCUUGUUGCUACUAGACCUAUCUGUGAUGAGGAAGUGCUAUUGAAUUACAGAUUGAGCAACUCAAAAAAGAAAAGGCCUUCUUGGUAUGUUCCGGUUGAUGAGGAAGAGGACGAAAGAAGGUGGAGUUAAGGCAAGUACAAAAAUUUGUCCUAGCAUUGAAAGAUGGGGAUAAAAAACGUGGCAGCAGUGAUGUGUGGGUUUUUUAUGGACGUUUUAUUUAAACUUGAAUGCAUACUAAGAAGCUCUUUGAGGUUGAAUAUUUUUAAAACAUACAGUAUUAACUUUUCGUCAUGGUAAUAAAUACCGUAGAAAUAGCCAAAUAGGGGCUUGGCCGGCACCGGCCCAAAACUAAGGGUUCAGGAGUAAAAGUUAAUUAAUGACCUGAGUUUUUGUAACAAAGUUGUAGCCACUAGCACUAGCUUCUCUAUAUAGUUUGGCUUAGGCUAUGUUUGCGUUGGUGACUUGUGCUUAUUACAACAAGUGAUUUUUUAAAGAGAUUAUUGAAAAAGUGAUUUAUAG